UAAAGAUGCUCAGCUACCUCAAUUAGUGUCCAUGGAAGCUUCACGAAGAACUAAAAAGUUAUUAAUUUUUGCGUGGCGGCAUCCCCGCUGUAGGCUGAAGAGGAGGCCAGAGAGAGCAAGAUAAGCAAUGGAGAAGGUGCAGCUUCUUCUAUUCCUUGCUUUCGUUUCACUGAUUUGGUCCUUAUUUCGGCAAGCUUCUAUAUCUGUGUUUCAAGUUAAAAUCAACUAGCUACUGAACCAAGAAUCACAUUAUUCCUGAUCAGAACAUGGACGAGCAUUCAAGAUCAUAUCAGAAUUACCUUGCUGCUACAAAUCAGAAAAGAUCAACAGUGCCCAACCAAGAAUUCACAGAACUCCAAUGGAAGAACGAAAAUGUACAGACGCAUCAUAGCACAGCUCCCAGAAAAUUCCCAACCGGCAUCAAUGAAGUUAAAGAAGAUCCAAAACCGGUUGGGGGUUCGAACCCCCAUCCCUCAGCCAUGGAAGAUGAGAUAGCCUCACUGUUCCAAUACCACCCUUACGAAUACUUGGAGAAAGAGUUCGGUUGCGAUUUCUUGUGUGAAUUUCCGAAUCCACAGACUAUUUCCGCUGACAAAUUAAACAAAAGCAUCAACAAUGAAGGCAAUACCGUUCCACGUUUCAAUCUUUAUCACAAUCAGAACAGAUUCUCUCCUCCAAAAUCGCAUCCUUAUGAUUCCGUGCAUCAGUAUGUUUGCCCUGAGAGCAGCAGCGGCACUGUUGAUUUCCCGCACUUCUCUAAAACAGAAAAGUUUGGGCUGGCAAAUAGACUGCAGAAAAAAAUCCAUUCAGGAGGAGGAGAAUCUUCUUCAAUGAUGACAACAGAAUCAAGCAUUUGUGGGAGCAACCGAGUUCAGAAUCGUGUCAGCCUAACAAAUAGCCUGAGCAACAGCGCAAUAAAAACUGGUUUGCCUCCGAGAAAGUUCAAAAAAGACAUGGAGAAUAGCUUUCUAUCAGAGAGGAUGAAGACUGAUACGUUUGAAAUAACUGGUACUUCAUCAUCAGGUGGGUCUGGAGUUAGCACCAGACCGACGCCACAGGAGGUGAACAACCAAAACUACAAAAGAAAAGGAAUAGAAGUGGAGGAAUCAUGCAGCUUGAGUGAGGAGGGAGACUAUGAAUCUGCUGAUGGAAAGAAGCCAGCUCAAAGAUCACGUAGAACCCGAGCUGCAGAGGUUCAUAAUCUUUCAGAAAGGAAAAGAAGAGACAGAAUAAAUGAGAAGAUGAAAGCAUUACAGGAACUCAUACCGCAUUGUACCAAGACAGAUAAAGCAUCAAUGUUAGAUGAAGCAAUCGAAUACUUGAAAUCACUUCAACAGCAAGUUCAGUUCUUGUGGAUGGGAAGCGGCAUGGCAACAAUGAUGUUUCCCAGCAUCCAGAAUUUUAUGGCACAAAUGAGUAUGGGCAUUGGUAGAGGAGCUGUGCCUACAUUAAAUAACUUGCUUCAAUUACCGAGAGUUCCAGUAUUGAAUCAUCAACCUAUGCCCUCAGUUCUACCGGCAAAUCAAAUACCAAUGUGCCCACAAUCUAUCAGCCAUUUGAGAUUUCCAAAUCAAAUCCACAAUCCUCAGAUUCCUGAAUCAUUUCCUCCACACUUUGGAUUUCAUCAUAUGCAGCCAUCUCCACAGGCAAUGAAUUUAUAUGGUUAUGGAUCUCAGUCAGCGCAGCAGAAUCAGAUGGCUGCAGCAAAUAGAAGCAGUAACAUGCCGACUGAUGGACUGCCACCUGAUAACCUUCAGAAUGGCAGCAAUUGACAAUGAUUUUUUUUUUCCCAUUUUUCUAUCAGAUUUAGUAUAAGCCAACACAGAUUGGCCGAAUUUUCAAAUUUUUGCUUUCCCAUGUUUUGGAAUGAAAAUAUUAUUUUUCACUGUUUGUGUGCAAAUUGAUAUAGUUCAAAUGCUGAAAGGAAUAUAUUUUUUUAAUUUCAA